AUGUCUACCGAAAUGGAGUACACUCGCCUCGGAAACUCGGGUUUGAAGAUCUCCAAGAUCAUUCUUGGUACCAUGGGCUUUGGCACCAAGGAAUGGCAGGAUUGGGUCUUGGAUGAGGAGGAAUCCCUGGCCCUCAUCGAACAUGCCUACAAGCUGGGUAUUAACACCUGGGACACGGCGGAUGUCUACUCUCAUGGCCGAUCCGAAGCAAUUGUUGGCAAAGCCCUGAAGAAGUACAACAUCCCACGUAACCGCGUGGUGAUCCUCACCAAGUGCUUCUACGGCGUGGACGACGAGGGAAAGUUCCCUCCCAUCGCAGCCUCGUCGAAGAAUGAUGGUGCCUUUGUUAACCGCGCUGGUCUGUCCCGCAAGCACAUCUUCGAUGCCGUUGACGCCAGUGUCGAGCGCCUGGGCACCUACAUCGAUGUAUUGCAAAUCCACCGUCUGGACCGUGGGACUCCUCGUGAGGAGAUCAUGAAAGCUUUGAACGAUAUUGUCGACAGUGGCAAAGUGCGCUACAUUGGCGCAAGCUCGAUGGCUGCUUGGGAAUUCCAGACCCUGCAGAAUAUUGCUGCCAAGAACGGCUGGCACCAGUUCAUCUCGAUGCAGAACUACCAUAAUCUCAUUGCACGUGAAGAAGAGCGCGAGAUGAUCCCCUACUGCCUCGACACUGGCGUAGGCCUCAUUCCUUGGUCUCCUAUGGCCCGUGGUGCCCUGACGCGGCCCUGGGGCUCUCGCUCCACUGUGCGUGAAAACACUGACGGCCCGCUCAAGGGCAUGAUCCGCAAUCGCGAGAGCGCAUCCGACAAGGCGAUCAUUGACCGCGUCGAAGAACUCGCGGGUAAGAAGGGCGUCAGCAUGGCACAGAUUGCUAUCGCUUGGUCUUUGAGCCAGCCGAAAGAGUGCCCCAUUCUUGGACUACACAGUAUCCAGCGUAUUGAUGAGGCUGUGGCUAGUCUGAGUAUUAAGCUGAGUCCCGAGGAGAUCCAGUAUUUGGAGGAACCCUAUGUGCCCAAGGCCAUUUUCACACCGAUGGAGCGGUAA